AUGAGGAAGGCCGCGUCUGGGUCGGACUCGUUCGUCGUCACGCGUCGCCAGGCGUUCGCAUGCGUCGCCGUCCUCUUCGCCACGAUGCUCUCCCUCUCCGCGAUCUCGCACCGCCUCGGCCACACCUCCGGGUUCCGCGCCGCGCAACUAAGCCUGUCGAUCAACUCGCACUUAGCAAACACCGCGUCCGCAGUCGGGGGGCCCAUUCUUGAGACAUCUCGUAAAUCCCCUGUGGCCGGCACGGGUGGACCAGCUGUUGUGCGGCCACGUGCCAGAUGCCCUUCGUCUCCUCCCAUCCCCUUUUUCUUCUUCCCCAUCCCUCUCAGAUUCCCCCCCAUUACCGACUCCCCCAACCAGCCCACUGUGGCUAGCGCGGCGCGGGGUGGACCAGCUGGUGCGCAGCCACGUGUCAGAUGCCCUUCGCCUCCUCCCAUCUCCCACCCCUUCUUUCCCCCCUUCUCCCCCGCAUUCUCCCCCUUCCGUCUUUCCCCCCUCUUUGACCCCAACCAGCCCCCUGUGGCCGGCGCGGGUGGACCUGCUGGUGCGCAGCCACGUGUCAGAUGCUCUUCAUUCUCCUCCCAUCCCCCUGUCUUCCCCCUCAUCCACCCCCGCCCCAUUUCCGCCUUCCCCGACUCUCCCCAAACCAGCCCCUUGUGGCCGGCGCGUGUAGACCUGCUGGUGCGCAGCCACGUGUCAGAUGCUUAUUUUCUGAUAGAGGUGCUGUUCAGGAGCCCCCCGUCUCCUCACAUCCCCUAUUUCCCCCCAACCAGCCCCCUGUGGCCAGCACGUGUAGACCUGCUGGUGCGCAGCCACGUCCCCCUGUGGCCGGCGCGUGUGGACCUGCUGGUGCGCAGCCACGUGUCAGAUGCUUACUUUCUGAUAGAGGUGCUGUUCAGGAGCAUCGAGCAGAUGUGGCCACGUGGCAUUGGUGACGUCAUCCUGGUGCUGGACGAAGGCGAGAUCGUUGUCAGGGACCUCGUGCCGCCCUGGGUCAAGGUAUACUACGAGACGAACUACCUGGAUCUGCCAGGGAAGAUUCUCCAGCAGUGGAGCUACCUGUGGGCCGACAACUACACCACGGCGCCCUACAUUGCCAUCAUCGACGAUGAUGUUGUCUUCAACCUCAAGGUGACCCCGGGUCUCCUGUUCAACCUAACCGAGGGCAAGCCGAUAGUGAUCGGGUCGCGCAACGCGCAGCGCAACAACUGGCUGCCGUCCACGCGCUGGCUGGUGGGGCAGCACGCCUACUUCGCCAACUUCAUGGUGCAGCUGCCCUUCGUCUUCCCACGGGACGUGCUGCCGCGGUUCAGGGAGCACGUGGGGGAAUUGCAUCGGGACAAGUUUGGGAAGAGCUUUGACAAGGCAUUUAAGUACUUUGCGGAACGAGGUCCAAAGUUUGAACGGACGCAGAUCGCCCACACGACUCUGGGCAACUACAUGUGGGCCUUCACUCAGGACGAGGUGAGCAGGCAGGGAUGGGACCACGUGAGCAGGCAGGGAUGGGACCACGUGAGCAGGCAGGGAUGGGACCACGUGAGCAGGCAGGGAUGGGACCACGUGAGCAGGCAGGGAUGGGACCACGUGACCAGGCAGGGAUGGGACCACGUGAGCAGGCAGGGAUGGGACCACGUGAGCAGGCAGGGAUGGGACCACGUGAGCAGGCAGGGAUGGGACCACGUGAGCAGGCAGGGAUGGGACCACGUGAGCAGGCAGGGAUGGGACCACGUGAGCAGGCAGGGAUGGGACCACGUGAGCAGGCAGGGGUGGGACCACGUGAGCAGGCAGGGAUGGGACCACGUGAGCAGGCAGGGAUGGGACCACGUGAGCAGGCAGGGAUGGGACCACGUGAGCAGGCAGGGACGGGACCAUAAUGGACCGACCACGUACCCAUUCCCCGAGUGGGCGAGCACAUACCAACUCUUCCCCGAGUGGGCGAGCACAUACCAACUCUUCCCCGAGUGGGCGAGCACAUACCAACUCUUCCUCGAGUGGGCGAGCACAUACCAACUCUUCCCCGAGUGGGCGAGCACAUACCAACUCUUCCCCGAGUGGGCGAGCACAUACCAACUCUUCCCCGAGUGGGCGAGCACAUACCAACUCUUCCCCGAGUGGGCGAGCACAUACCAACUCUUCCUCGAGUGGGCGAGCACAUACCAACUCUUCCCCGAGUGGGCGAGCACAUACCAACUCUUCCCCGAGUGGGCGAGCACAUACCAACUCUUCCCCGAGUGGGCGAGCACAUACCAACUCUUCCCCGAGUGGGCGAGCACAUACCAACUCUUCCCCGAGUGGGCAAGCACAUACCAACUCUUCCCCGAGUGGGCGAGCACAUACCCAAUUCUGUUUCUUAUACGUCGUCUCCCCUCUCUCACGCACCCCAACCCCCACCUCUGCUCUCCCCCAUCAGGUGCACUGGGCGCUAGAGUGGACCGACCACAUACCCAUUCCCCGCGUGAGAGCGCACAUACCCUACUCUGCUUCUCAUGCUUCCUCAUCACCCUCUCCGCUUCUCCCCAUCACCUCUCCCCCAUCAGGUGCACUGGGCUUUAG